UUGUCCCUAGCUAGGUUUCUUCCACUCAGAUUUGAUAUCCAUAGAACACUUGAGCGCAUCAGUACUCAGGUUUCUUAUUUGCUGCAUUGAGUGACUAUAGCCUGCGCUUGCAGAACACUUUGCCAUGCCUCGGAUUCGUAAAAAAACGUCCAAGCGAGGGACGACCCACCAACGUGAAAAAUUAAAGCAUAAGGUCUCCCAGGGCAGGAAGAAAGCCAAGAAGGAGGCCCGCAAAGAACAGGCCGCUGGAAAAACGCACAAGAAAUCUAAAAAGGACCCUGGAAUCCCGAAUAAUUUCCCCUACAAGGAUCAAAUACUCGCAGAAGUCGCGGAGUCACGACGUCAAGCCGCAGAGGAAAAGCAGCGACGUAAAGAUGAAAAACGGGCCGCUCUUGCUGGACCCGACGCCAAAGACGUCGAGGAUUCUCAAAAAAACAUCAUGGAUGUUGACAUCGGCGAAAAUCAAAAUGACGGGCAAGGCUUUGAUGGCAUUAUGUCCAUUCGUCCUGCACCUCCCGCACCACCCAAAAAAAAACCCGUAGAACCCUCGACACCAGAACCUGUGAUACCCGUCACCGCAGGACCUCGCACUCUCCGUGAGGUGUUGCAAAAAGCUGAUGUUGUACUACAUGUAGUGGAUGCACGGGAUCCUGCAGCAGGCCUCAGUGAGGCCUUGUUUAAAGAAGCGACAGGCAAAGAUAUUCUACUCCUCGUGAACAAAAUUGAUACCGUACCACGAGAGUCUCUAGCACUGUGGCUCUCCCACUUGCGAUUAACGUAUAACACCUUACCUUUUCGCGUAGCGGAGGCUUUCUUGCCUUCUAAACCCAAUCCGCCACCAGCAUCAAAAAAAACUUCUGUCAAACUGGACGAUGCGCUUGGUUCAGACACGGUUUGGCAGCAGUUCAGCAAGCUCAAAGCCAAAAAAUCCGGUGACGAGUUGGUUGUGGCCUUGACGGGAGUUACCAAUUCCGGCAAAUCGGCGGUCAUAAAUUCCCUUGCACGUGCAGAUGUGCUACCCAUUUACAACAUCAACUCUGCGAUAACUGCAAAAGGCCCUUACACGACCACAUCAGCAAACGAGCUAGUCUUGGAGUUUCCUGAUAAAAAGGGAGUGAAUGUACGGCUGAUUGACACCCCUGGAUUGGAGUAUGUGCGUGCGGAGGGUGUAGGAGACCAGGAGAAGGAAAUGGCAAGAGCAAGAGACAUCUUGCUUCGAAGUCGAGGGCGGAUUGAUCGACUUAAAGACCCACUGUUUGCUGUUACACACAUAGUAUCUCGAGCAGAUACCCAGGAUUUAAUGCUGGCGUAUAGCUUACCUGCCUUCUCAAAGGGCGACCCCACCUCAUUCCUUGCUGGAAUGGCACGUGCGAGCGGGCUCAUUAAAAAGCGUGGAGUCCUGGAUCAUGCAGGCGCGGCGCGCAUUGUCCUCAGAGAUUGGAGUAUCGGAAAGUUCGCGAGGUAUACCAUGCCACCAGGAUCAUCAACUACUUCCUCUUCGACAAAUACCGAGGGAAUUAUGGCAAUGCUGAAGAGCCGGAAAGAGUUGCGGAAGGCAGAAGAUGUGAAACUUGUGCGCUUGCAAGCUGGCGAAGCAGAGAAGAGAGAGGUAUUGUUGGAUGAUGUUUGGGGUGCCGAUGAAGAAAACAGCGAGGAUGAAGUCAACGAUGAGGAUGAAGUCGAUGAUAAAGAUGCCGGAGAUGAAGAGGCAAGCGGAGAUGAGGACGAGGACGAUCAAGGCAGUGGUUCCGAGAGUGAGGAUGAAGAAGAGGAGGUGCCUGAACUGUUGCCCCCGCCCAAGCGAAAGCGAACGGUGUCCUUUGCUGCUAUGCCAGUUGGAGGGAAACGGCAGCGACAGUCUGGCAAAAACAGGCGUAGCUGA